UUCGGCCGAGAUUUCUUAAUAAAAAUGUAUAACCUCUGCAUCCAUGAGCUUGGAGUUUUUAAUUUGAGCUCCUUUUUGGUCCGAAUCUUAUUUUAUUUAUUUGAGAUGCAGGGUCCGGCUGCUCUUAUAAAACGGAGGGUUCAACACUACACACUUCAGUCCUUGGGGCGUCUUGCUGCAAGGUUGGCCCGUUUUUUAGCGCUGAGGUUCUCCAGCCCUUCUUCUGUGCUUGAAGCUCCUUUUUGUGCUGUUUGGUGCCCUUUUCGGUCUGAAGUGUCCUCUCAGACCUUUUUGGGAACAGUCACUUCUCCCUGUGUUUGCCUUGCCUGGCUGCGAUCGGGAGGUGCUCGAGUCAGCAGGAGCAUUUCCCCCCGACCUGAUUGUGAGAGUGCUUUGCCAGAAGUCUCCGAUAAAAUUCCAUUGUAGUCUACCAUUAACAUUAUUUUCCCAUCAUAUUUUUCAACCAGUUAUUUUUCAAGCUUCUUUUAAAAAUCCACUUUUUUUCAUUUGAGGCAAAAAUUCCAACUGUCACGCAGCGUAAAUUAAUAAUGCAGAGUUUUUCAGUGAAAGAAUAAGAGCUUUACUGAGUUAAAGUAAACUUCUUCAUAAACAACAUGGUUCCAAACAGUUUGACUGAGAUUACAUGCUGACUCUGCUCACAACUGAGGAAGACUGACUCUGACUUAAAUCUUCCUGAGAACACAGAGAGAAAAUGGCCGCCACUUAUAAGGAGAAUGAGUCACAUGUCAGAGUGACUCAACAGUUAGCAGUUAGGCCUGAAUAACUUUAGUAGGCCCGAAUGAUUGCGCAGUCCCAGCACUUCCCAGCCUGCUUUGCUGCUUCUGCUCUCACAUGACACUGCUUGUCACAUGACACCAACCACUAUCAUUUUUGUCUCAGCUAUCGUGUCUUCCACCUCAAGAAUCCUUUCUUGGGUCUAAUCUUGAAUUAAUACAUAAAACCACCCUCUCUCUCUCUUAUCUGACAAGAUGAAUUCUUGGUCAUCACUUCAAUUUGUUGGCUCUUAUCCAGUCCAUUAUCGAGGCAAAACACUGCUCCAGAGCAUUGACCGCCUGACCUGCAGAUGUCAAGGAGAACUGAGUGUCACCAGCAAAUUGCUGACAACGUGCCCCAGAUCUCUGGAUAACCCCACCUAGUGGUUUCAUGUUUCUUAGGGGAUAAAAUCAAACCCCAAGGAACCCCACAUUGAAGGCUCCAUGGGUCAAAGAGCACUUUCCAAGUAUUACCCUGUGGAGAUGCUCAUCCACAAAGGACCAGGAGCACCACAAAGCGGCGUCACCCACCCCAAACUUAGACAGAGGACACCAUGGCCAAUGGUGAUGGUAUUAUUAUUAUUAUUAUUAUUAUUAAUUUGUGUACACCCAUCAUCAUGGCAAGCUCUGUGCAUGGACCAGGACCCAGGACCAGGUUCUCAGAUGGGCCAUCAAGUUCUUUUGUCAUGUUAACACCUCUAUCCCAGGUGAGGCCCAGGCUUAGAAAGGAAGCUUAGCCUGUAUUUUUCCACUGGCCCCCAGUCUUCCCUCCAGUACUCCAAAUACAGUGGUACCUCGCAAGACGAAUGCCUCGCCAGACGAAAAACUCGCAAGACGAAAGGAGCAAAGAAAAAGGGACCCCACCCCAGGAGUCUGUCUUGAGAGCGGCAGAGAGUCCAAGUGCAAUAAAAGGAGACAGAAGCAGGGGAGUGGGGGUGGGGGGAGAGCAACUCCUGAGGACCCCCAGGUGAGGACCCCCACUAGAGCCAAGCAUCCAUUUUUCACAAGAUACAAAUGACUCCCUUGUCAGUCAGGUCUGACUUCAUGCAUUGACUGGAAGACAGGAGAAACCAGGCUGAUUCAUCUCCCAGAAAUCCCUUCAGUUGCCUCCACAUUUUGCAUUGCUAGAAGGCUAGAGACAUAUUUCUUCUCCUCUUACUCCUCUUUCCCCCAAAAAAGAUAGCUCAUGGUCUGGGAUGUGGUGCAGUCCAGCCCUGGUUGCCAGGAAGACUCAUCCAGGCUUGCUCAGGGAACCUUUUUCUUCUCCUGAUAUUAGACAACUUUUGUAACAGAACAAUAUAUUUGCUUUGUAGGAGUUGCUAGAGCUUCUCAUUAGCACAGGCAGAACUUGGCAGAAGACCAAAGAGUUCCUUCCGAUCUCUCAGAGGCUUCCUGAGAGCACAGAUGGAUGAGCGAGACUCAGCUGGGCCUGGAACAGAAAGAGGCCAUGCCAACCAAACUGGGAGCAGUGGGGAAUUCUGGGAAAACUCUGUGCAGAAGAUCCUGGGUGAGGAGGACACCCUCCGCUCAGAGGGGCAGAGCCAGCAGUUGAGGCAGUUCUGCUGCCAGGAGGCCAAAGGACCCCGAGAGGUUUGCAGCCGACUCUACCACUUUUGCCAUCAGUGGCUGAAGCCAGAAAGGCACACGAAAGCUGAGAUGCUGGACCUGGUGAUCUUGGAGCAGUUCCUGGCUGUCCUUCCACCGGAGAUGAAGAGCUGGGUGAGGGACUGUGGAGCGGAGACCAGUUCCCAGGCGGUGGCCCUGGCAGAAGGUUUCCUCCUGAGUCAGGCAGAGGAGAGAAAGCAGGGAAAGGAUCUCUUUGCAGAAAUGGACCUGGAUUCCUGUGAGGCAGAGAGGCCUCCGUUGGACACCAGAGAGAGGCCACUGGGUAAGGAGGAAGGUGGCAGAAGGAUGCCGGCAAGACCUCCUGAUCCGCCUUUUCAUGGGGGCAGAAGGGAAGCAGCAGCUGUGGAACCAGAUCAGGGUCCAGUCUACUUUGAAGAUGUUGCUGUUCGUUUCACAGACGAGGAGUGGGCGUUGCUGGAUCCUGACCAGAGAGCUCUGCAUAAGGACGUCAUGGAGGAGACUCAUGGGAUCGUGGCCUUUCUUGACUGUGAUGAAUUGGAAAUCGAGAACGACGGUGCCUACGGCAAUAUCCCCAGAGAGGAGAGGCCACGUAAAAAUUUGGAGUGUGGUGAAAGCUGCAGACAGAGCUCCCAUUCUACUUCCCAUCAACAAAAUAUAUUUGGGAAGAAACUCUGUCAGUGCAUGGAAUGUGGAAAGAGCUUCACUCAUAGCUCCAAACUCACUUCCCAUCAAAGAAUUCAUACAGGGGAGAAACCCUAUCAGUGUGUGGAAUGUGGAAAGAGCUUCAGUCAGAGCUCCGAUCUCACUUCCCAUCAAAGAAUUCAUACAGGGGAGAAACCCUAUCAGUGUGUGGAAUGUGGAAAGAGCUUCAGAAAGAGCUCCUAUCUCAUUUCCCAUCAAAGAAUUCAUACUGGGGAGAAACCCUAUCAGUGUGUGGAAUGUGGAAAGAGAUUCACUGAAAGCUCCAAACUCACUUCUCAUCAAAGAAUUCAUUCAGGGGAGAAACCCUAUCUUUGUGUGGAAUGUGGAAAGAGCUUCAGACGGAGCUCUGAUCUCAUUUCCCAUCAAAGAAUUCAUACAGGGGAGAAACCCUAUCUUUGUGUGGAAUGUGGAAAGAGUUUCAGUAACAGCCACAAUCUCACUUCCCAUCAAAGAAUUCAUACCGGGGAGAAACCCUAUCAGUGUGUGGAAUGUGGAAAGAGCUUCAGUCACAGGCAAAGUCUGACUUCCCAUCAAAGAAUUCAUACAGGGGAGAAACCCUAUCAGUGUGUGGAAUGUGGAAAGAGCUUCAGUCACAGCCACAAUCUCAAAUUCCAUCAAAGAAUUCAUACAGGGGAGAAACCCUAUCAGUGUGUGGAAUGUGGAAAGAGCUACAGGAGGAACUCCGAUCUCACUUCCCAUCAAAGAAUUCAUACAGGGGAGAAACCCUAUCAGUGCAUGGAAUGUGGAAAGAACUUCAGCAACAGCCAAAGUCUCACUUCUCAUCAAAGAAUUCAUACAGGGGAAAAACCCUAUCAGUGUGUGGAAUGUGGAAAGAGCUUCAGUCACAGCCACAGUCUCACUUCCCAUCAAAGAAUUCAUACAGGGGAGAAACCCUAUCAGUGUGUGGAAUGUGGAAAGAGCUUCAGUAGGAGCACCGAUCUCACUUCCCAUCAGAGAAUCCAUACAGGGGAGAAGCCCUAUCAGUGUGUGGAAUGUGGAAAGAGCUUCAGUAAGAGCUCCAAUCUCACUUCCCAUCAAAUAAUUCAUACAGGGGAGAAACCCUAUCAGUGUGUGGAAUGUAGAAGGAGCUUCUGGAGGAGCUCCGAUCUCACUUCCCAUCAGAGAAUCCAUACAAAGGUCGGAAAAAACAUUAUACAGCUUUAGGAGCCAGACAAAUCCACACCUUUAUAAGCAGGCCUUUGGCUGAUUGACAUCUAAUGCCCUUUUAACAUGUGGUGUUUUGUGUUUUUAUAUUGUGUUUUUAUGUUGUAACAUUCCUGAGGCCUAUGGGUGUAGGGAAUAGGCAACAACUCUUAAAGGCCUAGGGGUCUUUGCCCUCUCCCCAAUAAAUAUUUGAGGAGGCCACCCCCAGGUUUUUUUUGUUUUUUCCCCCAACACAACCUUUUAUUCUUCCACAACUUGCCAUACAAUUUCGCUUUUAAUUUGCCCUCUGAAGAUAAACAAAUAAAUGUACAAAGGUCACAAGAAAAACAAAAUACAAGAAACUACAAACAUGGACAGGUCCCAUCUUUGUUGGCCAAACGCAAAAGUUGCUUUGAAGCAGGGUUUCCCAAACUUGGGUUCCCAGCAGCUCCCGGACCACAGUUCCCAUCAUCUCUCCCCAUUGGUCCUGCCAGCUAGGGAUGAUGGGAGUUGUAGUCCAAAAACAGCUGGAGACCCAUGUUUGCUUUAAAGGGAAGGUAGGCUGGCCCUUGACACCCUCUGCUGGCUAAUUGGAAUUUAUAGAUCUCAAAACUGAAGUUUAUCGGCACUUCAACCUCUAGUCUAGGGAGCUUCUAGGUGCUUUUUGCACCACCUAGAGUACCCACAGAAUUGUGGCUUCUACCGGCAAAGACAAACAAAAAGGCCAGGAAAAAACCUGGAAAGGGCCAUACCAAAUGGACACAGGUAGGGGAGAUGAAAUGCUAGAAGUGUUCUCCAGGGCAAGGGGAGCUGCUGGGCUCAAAAUUUUACUUUCACUGCAAUUGUAGGCAUUGCCAUUCAAAUGGUGCGCAUGCAUCAUGUGAUUGAUUGUGCAAGGAGGGCCUUACCUGGCCCCCCACCAAUAUUUUAUUCAAGUCAGCAUCACUACUUGAGAAGUUCAGGAUGUCUGAAUUCAGGGGUCAGGACGCCCAUGGAGACAAGUUACGUGAAAGAUAGCAAGUAGAAUGCGCUGAGUUCAAAAAUGCUGAGAUCUUUCAGUCAGCUCUGGGUAGGCUGUUGUAUCUGUCCCAGUGGAGCAGACCGAACAUUGCUUUUGCUACCAGUCUGCUCAGCAGGGAAGCUACAAACCCCAGUGUGAGUGCCUGGAAUGGUAUCAAGAGGGUGCUGCAUAUCUGCAGGAUACCAAGGAUUUCUGUCUCAAGCUGUCAGCUAAGGGUGACGGCUAGCUGACGUGCUGGCAGAUAGCGAUUGGGCGAAUCUGGCUAACAGGAAGUCCAUAUCUGGGAUGGUGGUAAAGUUUGGGGACUCUUUGGUUGGGUGGAAGUCCUGGUGUGCUGGUCCCGGGGGUUAAUCAAGAGGCAAGGUCGAAGUCCAGUCCGUGAUCAAUGAAGCAAUAUGAAGGCAGUCCAUAAAAGUCAAAGCUGGGUGCAGGGUAGGGUUCAGGCAGGGACUGGACCUAGCUGGCUUUUAUAUGUCCGGAGGCAUAGGGCGGCCCUGAUCCUCAGAUGACUCGCCUCUCCUGGCCUGGAGGCGAGCACUCCUCCUGCGGUAACUUAGUUCCCUCCGCCUCUCUGCCCUGAGCCUCUGCAGCUCAGGAGAGGCUGGAGGGUUACCAGACCCAGAGGCAACCCCAGCUUCCUCUGACGGGGCUGAGAGUGGAGCCCCUGCAGGCAAUGGGUCCUCUGGUGCCUCCAUC